GAACCUGCGUCAUGUGUUAGUCCUAAUGUACCUAGGGAACGUGCCCUUUACCUAGUGCCAACUCGUCCACCUGAGAGAUGCACGUAAAAUGAGUGAGAAACAUUCGAAAUUCUCCUCAUCCUCUGGCAAACCGUUUCUCUCCUCCACAUUGUAUAGCUUUUCUGCAAACCAAGAAGCUGCUACGGGGUCUAAACCUACAGCUUCCGUUGGUCAACUUGACUCUCAAAAUGCAGGUCGUGGAUCAGUGAAAACGUUUACGCUUAGUAGAAACCGUUCUACAGCGAAACUGAGUGCUGCAAGUCCUUCGUUCACACCUUCUUCUCCGACAAAGAAGAGCCUUUCUCCUACGAUGGCCAAAGCGUCUGCCUUUGUACCGAAAGGAAAACUGUAUUCGUCGACCUUGUUUUCCGCAGACAAAAGCAAGUCUUCAGACGAUUUGGUCCUUCCACGGAAGCUGGUCAUUCCUGAAUUCAGACCGUCGAUGACUUCUGAAAUUGCUUCGGCCAGUACUCCAGCGUUAGCAAGUACGAUGCGGUCGCCAUCUACGUUAAUCCCUCAGCAGCGUCUGUCACCGGGUUCGUUACGCAAUAGUUUAGUGGGCAAUGGUGCUGUUUCUAUCUCUAAUGCUACGACUGCCGUGGGCACUACAGUUUCCGAAAAGUCACCUUCACCGAAGCAGAUACCUCGUGCGUCACCUACGGUUUUGCAUCGGUCUGGUUCAGUGCCCAGAGGAGUUGACACGUUUUCUUCACAACACGUAUCUGCGGGUGGUCCAGAUGUGUAUGCCACUGAUUUAACGCGCCAUAUCUACGCUCAGUUCCCGCCGUAUUCUCAUCGACUUGACAAAAGACAAUUACACAAACUUAAUUUUUUUGUCGCCAAUGAACCUGAAAAGUUGUUCAGACAGGCUCGCGUGGAAGCUCUUCAGUAUCAGGAAUCGAGUCAGCUACCUCAGCAAAUCUUUACCUACCACUCGUUCGUUCCACGACGGACAAUAACGCCUUGUUUACCCAACCUUGGCUAUACAACCCAUAUCUACAAGGGUGUGAACGGCGCGGACGGCAAAUCAUAUAUCUUUGUUCGUCUUCAAAACUUUCGCCUGGCCCAAGAACGGUCCAUCUCCAAUGUUACUGCUUGGAUGAAGGUCGACUCGCCCGCAGUGUUACGAAUGAAGGAAGCUUUUACCACUCGCGCCUUUAGUGAUCAGUCUAUCGUUUUUGUUUAUGAUUUUUUCCCCGCCUGCCCAACCCUGCACGAUCUUUUCUUUUCUUCCCCUGUUUUCCGUAAAAAAUCCUCUCAGCUGAUGCACCCAACAGCAUUCCAAGCAACGAAUGAAGUGCUGUGGUGCUUUGCUAGCCAACUCGUCUCAGCCUUGUACAGUAUUCAUUCAGUUGGAGUGGCAGCCCGUUUGCUCACGCCAAAAAAUGUACUGAUGACGGGGAAAAUGAGGCUGUCAAUUUUUGGCAUGGGAGUGUUAGAUGUGAUUUGUGAUGAUGGAACUCCGGUGCACGUACGACAGCGUGAGGACUUCCACUCUCUUGGAUUGUUAUUGCUUUCUCUCGCUUGUGGAGUUGACGGUGUAAAUGAUGAGAACAAGGAAGAGUAUUUGAAACAAUAUACUUCAUUGUCCACUUCAGAUGCAAGCUUCGUACAACUGCUGCAGGUGUUGAUGAAUGAUCCUAAGGUUACUGCGCGAAAGCUUGUCCCAAUCAUUUUCCCGCACUCUCUCGAAAACUAUGAACGGUCAUUACUCCUUGAGGACUACUACGAAUCGUUGAUGGCCCGUUAUCUGGAAGACGACAGGCUUCUACGGCUCUUGUGUAAACUCGAGUUUCUCGACGAUCGGCCUGAACAUGCAGACGAUACGGCAUGGGGGAUGUCGGGUAUGUACUAUCCCAUUAUUCUCUUUCGCAAGUACCUUGCUCGGUUACGUGUGGAUUCCGACGGCACUAAGUCAAUGGACUAUGCUCACAUGUUAGCCUGUCUUAAUAAGCUGGACGUCGGAACAGAAGAAAAUGUGUUUCUAGAGGACGAAUUCUCGAGGAUCCUUGUAAGCUACAAAGAGCUAAAAAACUUAAUUCGCAUGGCUUUCCUCGACUUGGAAAAGCGUGCCUCUAGUAAUCUGACCAAGAAAUAAACAUAUAUGAAAAGAGAAGAUGGUCGCGCUGUCGUAGACGGUGUAAAGAUAUUAGUUAUGUAACUUUGUUCCGUACUCUCUAUUCCGUACACACCCGUACACUGCAUCGGCCUUUCUUGCUCUACGAUUGUACAACUGCAAUCUCCCAAAAAGCGUCCGAUUUGUUCCGUUCUUUAGCGAGUUGUUCGCGUUCUUCGUUUAUCAACCAUUUAAAAAUAACCUUUAACGCGUCUACUACUCCGUUCUCGGUCAUUUACGACUAAACUUUUCUACCAACUUCGCGUCCUAAUCCUCCACCACCGCUUCACCCUCCACUAUUUAAACCAC